AUGGCGCCCAGGCAGACGGUGGACCUGGUGAUCUACGCUGCGCACGUGAUCCCCGUGGCUCCUCGCGACCUGGUGCUGCGCGACGCUGCGGUCGUUAUCCAUGACACUAGAAUCGUGGCGUUGCUGCCUAAGUUGGAGGCCCAGGAUCGCUUUGUCGGCCUGCAGGAGCAGCAUCUGGACCGCCACAUCGGCCUCCCUGGACUCAUCAACCUGCACACCCACGCGCCCAUGACGCUGUUCCGCGGCCUUGGAGACGACAAAGUGCUGCUGGACUGGCUGGCAGAAGACAUUUGGCCCAUGGAGAAAAAGUUCAUGAUCCGCAGCGGGACAACGUGCUUCAACAACAUGUACUUCUUCCCUGACGAGAUCUGCGGCGUGCUGGAGAGCACGGGUAUGCGAGGAGCUCCUAAUCUGAAGAAGUACGGUCCUGGAUGCCACGACCUCAUCACGGUGACCGUGGCGCCGCACUCGCCGUAUACGGUCGGGGAGGAGACACUAUUGAAGGUUGACGCUCUGGUGAAGAAGUACGAUGCACGGAUCCAUAUCCACCUGCACGAGACGGAGGCGGAAUGCAACGACAGUGAACAGUUGAACCGGGCGUCGAUGUGCUGCCACAAGAGCGACCAGAAGCUCCACCCCCUUGCGAAUUUCAAGAGACUGGGGCUGUUGUCGGAGCGACUAGUGUGCGCUCACAUGACGCACCUGACGGAUGAAGAGAUCGACGAUGUCGCUCAUGCUGGAGCCCACGUGGUUCACUGCCCGUCGUCCAACCUCAAAUUGGCGUCGGGGAUCGCUCGAGUCACUGAAAUGCUGCGUCGAGGCGUGAACGUGACUCUCGGUACGGAUGGAGCUGCGAGUAAUAACUCGCUGGACAUGCUAGCAGAGAUGAAGCCAGCGGCGCUCUUAGCCAAAGCUGAGUCGUGCCAGAGCACUACAUGUAGUGUCUCGGCUGCUGAGGCUUUGCAGAUGGCGACGCUCAAUAGCGCUCGAGCGCUUGGACUCGAUCAAGAGAUCGGAUCCAUUGAGGUGGGCAAGCGCGCAGACAUUAUCGCGAUCGAGUGCGAUAGCAUCGAGAUGCUCCCCAUGUACAACGCAGUGAGUCAUGUGGUAUACGCCGCAGGACGAAAGCACGUUUCAGAUGUAUGGGAAGCAAGUGCUUCGCAAUCGUCAGCUUACAACUGUUGA